GCAAGCCAAGAACUUGAAAGUAUACUCUCAAACACCCAGCUGCCCCUUUUCAAACGUCUCCGGUUAGCUUCAUUGAUAGAGCUUAAGAUCCUCUUCUAUAUCGCUGCCCCUUCAGUGGCUGUUUACAUGAUCAAUUACCUCAUGUCCAUGUCCACAAGAAUCUUCUCCGGCCACCUCGGUAAUCUCGAACUCGCCGCCGCUUCCCUCGGCAACUCUGGCAUCCAAUCCUUCACUUAUGGUCUCCUCCUUGGAAUGGGAAGUGCAGUUGAGACGCUUUGUGGGCAAGCAUACGGUGCAUCAAAGUAUGAAUUGCUAGGGAUAUAUCUCCAAAGAUCAACGAUCCUCCUCAUGCUGACUGGGGUCCCACUUACUCUGAUCUGUAUCUUUUCCAAACCAAUCUUGAUGCUUCUUGGCCAGUCAUCAAGGAUCUCAUCAGCUGCUUCCGUGUUCGUGUACGGUCUGAUCCCUCAGAUAUUCGCCUAUGCAGCUAACUUCCCCAUGCAGAAAUUCCUGCAGGCCCAGAGCAUAGUGGGUCCCAGCGCCUACAUAUCAACGGCUACACUUUUUGUGCAUCUGUUGUUAAGCUGGGUGGCAGUGUACAAGAUCAGGCUUGGUUUAUUGGGGGCUUCCUUGGUGUUGAGCCUGUCGUGGUGGAUCAUAGUAGUGGCUCAGUUUCUUUAUAUAGUCAAGAGUAAAAGCUGCAAGCAGACCUGGACCGGGUUCAGUAUCCAAGCCUUUUCCGGGUUGGCCGGAUUCUUCACGCUGUCGGCUUCGUCGGCAGUGAUGCUGUGCUUGCAGGUUUGGUACUCUCAGAUACUGGUUUUGCUAGCCGGGUUGCUCGAAAACCCGGUUUUGGCUUUGAAUUCUCUCUCUAUUUGCAUGGCAAUAAAUGGGUGGGCUUUCAUGAUCCCGAUUGGAUUCAACGCAGCUGCGAGUGUGAGGGUGAGCAAUGAGCUAGGAGCAGGAAAUCCAAAAUCGGCAGCAUUCUCAGUGAUAAUAGUGACUUCCUUAUCAUUCAUAUUAAUGGUGAUCCUCGCUAUUGUUGUAUUAAAUCUGCGACAUCAUAUAAGCUAUGCCUUCACCAAUGGAGAAACUGUUGCCAAUGCAGUUUCAGAGCUUUGCCCAUUGUUGGCCAUCAAUCUCAUCCUUAAUGGUAUCCAACCCGUCCUCUCAGGUGUGGCCGUUGGUUGUGGUUGGCAAAAGUUUGUUGCUUACGUUAGUGUGGGGUGCUACUAUGUCGUUGGGAUCCCAUUAGGGGCUCUUCUAGGUUUCAAGUUCCAUUUGGGUGCUAAGGGAAUGUGGUCCGGGAUGAUAGGUGGCACUGCAAUGCAAACCCUAAUUUUACUUUGGGUUACAUAUCGAACAGAAUGGAAAAUUGAGGUGGAGAAAGCCAAGAAACGCUUGGAUAAAUGGAACAUCGAGGAAGAAACACCAGAAAAUGCGUGAUGGAAGCUUUAAUUAAAGACCAUACAUGUGGAGGUUGAGAUACCCAAUUAAUUCACCAAGCUA